AUGUCUGCCGAAUACAAGAACACCGACGUCAACGAGAUCGCCAAGAAGGCUGAGCAGGACCUCAACAGCCAGAGCGCUGUUCACGGCCACAAUGCUGGUUUGAGCACAACGGAAUCCGGCGUCGACACCGCCAACGUCGAAGGCAAAUUCCCCGGCGCCCAAGUAAAAUACGGCUCCGCCGCCUCGGGCGCAGGCAACAACCGCGAGAUCCCGCUCGACGAGGGUGGCAGCAUCAAGGCCAACGGUCAGCCUACCAAGGCGGGUGACUUUGCGCAUGGUGGUGUGGGUGCGCCUGAGGAGAGGGAUCAGACGUAUGUUCACACGCAUGGUGGGGAUGAUGAGAUUAGGGGGAAUGUUAGGAACUAA